ACACCACUCUUCAUCGGCAUCAUCAACAUCCAUACUCCACCCUCUAUUACAACAAUGACCGAAUACAGCACUGACCUCGGAGACUACCUCGGUCGGGGAGUCUUCUGGAUCCUGAACCAACACUCCCAAUAUACCCGAGAGAGACACGCCAACAACUCCGGCCCCACGCUCACGGGCUGGUGCCUGGCCCUCAACCGACACGACGAUCUGGUCUUCCUGCACACCGAGGGCUACCACCUCGGGUAUAUUCAGCGGAACAGCGCCCCAGGCGGUGUGCACUUCGAUUCGCGCGGGUUCGCGGUCAAGUCGCGCGAGUCAAGUGCGCAGUUCAUGGUGCUGGGGCCUGGGGAGCAUUUCACGGCGGAGUGUUCGAGGGACGAUAUGGUCGAGUGGGCUAGACGCUGGAACGGGUAUGAGGUGACCGGCGAUGAGAAGGAAUACUAUAUGGCGCUGAUUCGGGCGGCCGAGGAGGGCGAUGGUGAGGAGGUUUAGGUUGGAUGUCUGCUGUACUGUACUUCAGACAAGUCUGCGGGUCAGACGUGAGAGCUG